AUGGCCCUCUCAUCAGUUUUCAGGAGAGUAAACAUCAAAGAAUUGAUCUCAAAUGUUCCGGUCUACACUAGCUCAACAGAGACAUCUGGAGGAAUGAGCUUGGUCUUUAGGCGUUGGGCCACAAAAAAGACUGCUGGGUCAACGAAAAAUGGCCGCGACUCUAACCCCAAGUAUCUGGGUGUUAAGAAAUUUGGUGGAGAGAAAGUGGAACCAGGAAACAUCAUCGUACGACAAAGAGGAACCCGCUUCCAUCCUGGGAACUAUGUUGGCAUGGGGAAGGAUCACACUCUCUUCUCUCUGAAGGAAGGCCAUGUGCGGUUCGAACGGAAUAAGCUGACUGGCAGGAAAUGGAUUCAUGUCGAACCUGUAGCUGGGCACACUCUCCACCCUGUUUACGCCGAUGGUUCAGCUACUGCAGCUGACAUGGAGCUGCUGUAG